AUGCUGUUCGAAGACUGUUUUGACGGUUUGGAUCUCUCGGCUGAAGACGAUCCGCCAUUCGAGAGCAACGUCACGCCGUGUCGAACGUUGCAUCGCUGGUGCAAACUUCCCUUAUUUGCUCAGCAGCACGCCAUCACCUUCAUGGAUUCCAAAACGAGAAUCGCUCUAUCAAUGUGCUCGAAGAAAAUGAAUGAGAUCGUUGAGAUGACGGCAGGUCCGCCAAUUCAUCGACUUGAGAUUAAGGACACUGAAACAUUUUACUGCUAUGAUAUCAAAGAUACUACAAAAACGGUGGAGAUGAACAUUGAAUUCAAAAUAAAUAAAAUUGGAUCCUAUCGGCCUAUAAUUUUUGCGAAGCGUGGAAAUAAUACCGAGUUGAUAAGACCAUUGAACUCACGAUUUCAUCAGCAACAUGGUCCAGUGAUCUUCGAAAACGCCGAUUAUUACGAUAAAGCGAUAAAAUUGUUCGAGAAGUUGCUGAAAAGAUCGAAUAAUGUGGUGUACGAUUGCCUAAUUGAAAUGGAAAAUUGGGACAUUGAGCGCUCGUCAGUCAAACAAUUGAAUAAAUGCAAAUCGUUUCAAUUUGCUUUCAAUAGUCUCGCCAAGCUAAGGUACGCUUUGGAUCUUCUCACAGAUCAGGUCGUUCGCCUUAAUCUCAUCGAUCAGUGUCGGAACUUUGAGAGCGAUUCUUAUGGCAACACAAUUACCGCUGAAAUUCUAGCCCAUCGUCAGAUUCAAAACGUCGAUCGAUUCGACUUCUACGCAAAUUGCAAUUUCACUGAAGAGCUGCUCAUGAGCUUGAAGGGAACUCAUAUCACAUUCACUUCAUCAACAAUUAAUGAUGACAUCAUCAACAAGUUCAUCAAGAGAUGGGUGGAUGGUGGCGGUCCGGAGGGUUUCACACAAUUAAAUCUUCGAUGUAGACGGGAUUUCAAGCCGGACGCGAUUCUGAGAAACGUCAACUUUCGAAUAUGGGAUAGCGAGUUCGAGAAUGAACGGUUGGUGGCUCGAGAGCACGUCUCGAAUAAUGAGAAUCCGAAAUUCAGUCGCGGCUUCUGCGGCGAUUUCUAUCGUGUGAUGGGACGGGGAAUGUGCGCUCAGAUCACGCGCAACAAUCAAUUGAAAUCAGCGACAUUGCGAAUCUCCGAUGACAGCCUUCUGUUCACGGUGACGGGCAGCUACUGGCCGAAUUACAAAUGCUUCGGUUACACGAUUCCCAUUUAA